CUGCCACGACAAGGGGUGACAGGGGGCAACCCGCAACAGCAACAACGACGAACACACACCACACGCACGCCCGUCGCCCACACGCCCACUCGCACACUCCACGCCCACUCACGCCUGACCGACAUCAACAUUGCACCGACCUUUCCCUUUCCUGUCCACUCCCGUCCUGUCCCAGCCAUGCCCAGCUAUGCAUCUCUCUUCCGCCGACAUCUCGACACCGACGACGACAACGACGACUACGACUUCGACAAACAACGACCACGGCCACCGAUAACCGACCACCUCCGAUCGACGACACAGGUAAGUCUUCGACGCCCAGUAUCAACAUCGACAACCACCCACGCGACAUUCCGGGCCUUUCCAUUCUUCCAUUUCGACAUCCUCCUUUUCCGAGUCGGGCUCUUCGUCUUUCCCACGCUUUGA